GCUGCGUCCUCUCCGCAUCCAUCGAUGCGUCCUCGCUCGCUCCACCGCUGCGUCCUCGCUCUUUCCACCGCUGCGUGCUCGCUCCACCGCCGCGUCCCCUCUCCGCAUCCACCGCGUAGGCUCCGUGGAAGUGCAGCAGCCGUGGCUGACAUCGACGCCCACUGUCACACGACAUUGAUGUUCUCAGACUAAACGGCACCAUUUCAUGGCGCUAUCGGAACUCACGUUAAAGAUAAUUAGUCAUCAUGUCUGAUUUCAUUGAAAGUGAAGCAGAUGAGUCUGAAGAUGAAAUAUUUGGAAGAUCUGAGGAGCCGAAGAAACCGCAGAAACACCAAGGGACCAAUGAUGAUGAGGAAGAGGAGGAGGAAAACCCAGAGGAUCAGGAUGAGCACGGGAACCUCAGAGGUCUGAUUGACGACGACGUCGAGAAAGAGGAGGAGGAGGAGGAAGAGGAAGGAGGAGGAGGAGGUGGAGGAGGAGGAGGAGGAGGAGGAGGAGAAGGAGGAGGAGGAGGGCGGGGGAGCAAGAGGGAUGGGGAGGAGGAGGACAGCGACUCCGGCGAGGAAAUUGGACAUCGAAAAAGAAAGCGAAGUUACGACGACCGGCUGGAUGAUGACGACAUCGACCUCAUCGAGGAGAACCUGGGAGUCAAAGUCAAACGGCAAAAGUUCCGUCGUCUCCGAGACAUGUCAGAGGACGAGGACGAGGAAGGCGACGAGGACAUACGGGACGCCCAUGAGAAGGACAUGAUCGCAGACGAGAUCUUCAUGGGCGGGACGGGCAUGGAGGAGCAUGAGCCAGCCAUGGACGUGCCCCUGCACCCUGGGGAGGGGGAGGAGGAGGAGGAGGAGGAGUCGGAUAUCGACGACUUCAUCGUGGACGACGAUGGUCAGCCCUUAAAGAAACCGAAGUGGAGGAAAAAGCUGCCCGGAUAUACGGACGCGGCCCUGCAGGAGGCGCAGGAGAUCUUCGGGGGGGACUUUGACUUCGCCGACUUCGACGCGGAGGCCUAUGACGACGCGGAAGACGAGGAGGAGGACGGCGACGAAGAGUCGUGGGACCGGCCCAAGAAGCAGGCCAAGAAGCGGGCGGGCCGCCGCAGCAUCUUUGAGAUAUACGAGCCCAGCGAGCUGGAGAGCAGCCACAUGACGGACCAGGACAACGAGAUCCGCUCCAACGACAUGCCCGAGCGGUUCCAGCUACGCUCCAUCCCUGUGCGGCCUGCUGAGGAUGACGAGCUGGAGGAAGAGGCGGAGUGGAUCUACCGCAACGCCUUCUCCACCCCCACCAUCUCCAUGCAGGAGGACACAGACUAUUUGGAGAGAGGCCCCACUACUAACUUUAGCAGAAAGGGUCCCAGCAUGAUCGCGAAGAUCAAGGAGGCUCUGAACUUCAUGAGGAACCAGCAUUUUGAGGUACCCUUCAUCGCCUUCUACAGGAAGGAGUACGUGGAGCCCGAGCUGAACAUCAACGACCUCUGGAAGGUCUGGCACUGGGAUGAAAAGUGGACCCAGCUGAAGACCCGGAAGCAGAACCUGAAACGCCUCUUCCACAGGAUGCAGGCCUUCCAGUUUGAGUUGAUCUCCGCUGACCCGGACAAGCCCCUGUCGGACGGCGUCCGUCCCCUCGACUGCGCAGACAUCGACAGAUUAAAGGCUGUUCAGUCGUGUGAUGAGCUGAGCGACGUGUACAACCAUUUCCUGCUGUACUACGGCCGGGACAUUCCCAAAAUGCAGAACGCCUCCAAGUCUAAAUCCAAGAAACUGAAGAAGGUCAAGGAAGUGGAUGAAGAAAAAGAACCGGGUGCAGAGGAAGAGGAGCCUGAGGAGGAAGAGGGAGAGCAGCAGUUGAAAGGGCCGGAGCUGAAGCUGGCCUCUCGUAGAGACAUGUACACCAUCUGCCAGGUUGCUGGACUAGACGGCCUGGCCAAGAAGUUCGGGUUGACCCCGGAGCAGUUUGGGGAGAACCUUCGAGACAGCUACCAGCGCCACGAGACGGAGCAGUUCCCGGCCGAGCCACUAGAGCUCGCCAAAGACUACACGUGCAGUCAGUUCGGUACAGCUGAGGCGGUGCUGGACGGAACGCGCUACAUGGUGGCCAUGCAGCUGGCCCGCGAGCCCCUGGUCCGGCACGUCCUGAGGCAGACCUUCCAGGAGAGGGCCAAGAUCAACACCAAGCCCACCAAGAAGGGCAAGAAGGACGUGGACGAGGCCCACUACGGCUACUCCUUCAAGUACCUGAAGAACAAGUCUGUGAAGGAGCUGACCGGCCAGCAGUUCCUCCUCAUGUGUCAGGCGGAGGACGAGGGGCUGCUCAGCAUCUCCCUCUGCAUCGACCUGCUGGGGGUCAAGGGGUACGGGGACCAGACGUACUUUGAGGAGAUCAAGCAGUUCUACUACCGGGACGAGUUCAGCCACCAGGUGCAGGAGUGGAACCGGCAGCGCACGCUGGCCAUCGAGCACGCCCUCAAGCACUUCCUGUACCCCCAGAUGGCCAAGGAGCUGAAGAACAAGCUGCUGGCUGAGGCCAAAGAGAACAUCAUCAAGGCCUGCAGCAGGAAGCUGUACAACUGCCUGAAGGUGGCGCCGUACCGGCCGGACCAGCAGGCGGAGGAGGAGGAGGACGACGAAGACCUGAUGGCCGAGGCCCAGGCCAAGGGCAUCCGGGUGCUGGGCGUGGCCUUCUCCGCCAGCAGGGACAGCCCCGUGUUCUGCGCGCUGGUGAACAGCGACGGCGAGAUGGGGGACUUCCUGCGGCUUCCCUACUUCCUGAAGCGGAGGAAUGCCUGGAAGGAGGAGGAACGGGACCGCAAGCUCCACGAUCUGGAGACGCUGAAGAAGUUCCUGAACAACAAGAAACCUCACAUCAUCGCCGUGGCCGGGGAAAACCGGGACGCCCAGCUGGUGAUUGAGGACUUUAAGCGCACCGUCAGCGAGCUGGAGCAGGAGUCCUCCUUCCCCUCCAUCGCCGUGGAGCUGGUGGACAACGAGCUGGCCAUCCUCUACAUGAACAGCAAGAAGUCCGAGGCGGACUUCCGCGACUACCCUCCCCUGCUGAGGCAGGCAGUGUCCGUGGCCAGGAAAAUCCAGGACCCCCUGGUGGAGUACUCCCAGGUCUGCAGCAGUGACGAGGACAUCCUCUGUCUCAAGCUGCACCCUCUGCAGGACCAGGUGGAGAAGGAGGACCUGCUGAGCACCCUGCAGUGUGAGUUCAUCAACCGGGUGAACGAGGUGGGCGUGGACGUGAACCGGGCGCUGGCCCACCCCUACACCCAGAGCCUGGUGCAGUACAUCUGUGGUCUGGGCUCCAGGAAGGGCUCCCAUCUGCUGAAGAUCCUGAAGCAGAACAACACGCGCCUGGAGAACCGCACCCAGCUGGUCACCAUGUGUCACAUGGGCCCCAAGGUGUUCAUCAACUGCGCCGGCUUCAUUAAGAUUGACACAUCGUCCCUGGGGGACAGUACCGACUCCUACAUCGAGGUGCUGGACGGCUCACGGGUCCACCCCGAGACGUACGAGUGGGCGCGCAAGAUGGCGGUGGACGCCCUGGAGUACGACGAGUCGGCGGAGGACGCCAACCCGGCCGGAGCCCUGGAGGAGAUCCUGGAGAACCCGGAGCGCCUCAAGGACCUGGACCUGGACGCCUUCGCUGAGGAGCUGGAGCGCCAGGGCUACGGGAACAAGGGCAUAACUCUGUAUGACAUCCGGGCUGAGCUGAGCUCCCGCUAUAAAGACCUGCGCUCCGCCUACAGGAGCCCCAACACAGAGGAGAUCUUCAACCUGCUCACCAAGGAGACCCCUGAAACCUUUUACAUAGGGAAGCUGGUGACCAGCGUGGUGACGGGCAUCGCUCACCGCCGCCCCCAGGGUGAGAGCUACGACCAGGCCAUCCGCAACGACGAGACGGGCCUGUGGCAGUGCCCCUUCUGCCACCAGGACAACUUCCCCGAGCUCAGCGAGGUGUGGAACCACUUCGACAGCGGCUCCUGUCCCGGCCAGGCCAUCGGGGUGCGUUGUCGCCUUGACAACGGCGUCACCGGCUUCGUCCCCACCAAGUUCCUGAGCGACAAGAUCGUCAAGCAUCCGGAGGAAAGAGUCAAGGUGGGCAUGACGGUGCACUGCAGGAUCAUGAAGAUCGACAUCGAGAAGCUGAGCGUGGACCUGACCUGCCGGACCUCGGACCUGUCGGACCGCCAGAACGACUGGAAGCUGCCCAAGGACACCUACUAUGACUUCGACACAGAGACGGAGGACCUGAAGACAGAGCAGGAGGCCAAGAUGAAGCAGCAGAGGACCACGUACAUCAAGCGCGUGAUCGCCCACCCGUCGUUCCACAACAUCAACUUCAAGCAGGCUGAGAAGAUGAUGGAGUCCAUGGACCAGGGCGACCUCAUCAUCCGGCCCAGCAGCAAGGGGGAGAACCACCUGACCGUCACCUGGAAGGUGGCCGAGGGCAUCUACCAGCACAUCGACGUGCGGGAGGAGGGCAAGGAGAAUGCCUUCAGCCUGGGCCACACCCUCUGGAUCAACAGCGAGGAGUUUGAGGAUCUGGAUGAAAUCACGGCCAGAUACGUUCAGCCAAUGGCUGCCUUCGCUCGCGACCUGCUCGGCCACAAAUAUUUUCAAGAAUGUGGCGGUGGAGACAGAAAGAAGAUGGAGGAGGCGCUGGUGAAGAGCAAGAAGGAGAAGCCCGCCUUUAUCCCCUACUACGUGUCCGCCUGCCGCGAGCUGCCUGGGAAGUUCCUCCUGGGAUACCAGCCCAGGGGCAAGCCACGAGUUGAGUUCGUGACCAUCACCCCGGAGGGCUUCAGGUACCGAGCCCAGAUCUUCCCCACCGUCAACGGGCUGUUCCGUUGGUUCAAGGACCACUACCAGGAGCCCGUCCCAGGGCUCACCCCCAGCAGCGGCAGCCGAACCCGGACCCCCGCCUCGGUGAACGCCACGCCCGCCAACAUCAACAUAGCGGACCUUACCCGAGCGGUCAGCGCCCUCCCGCCCAACAUGACCUCCCAGAUGUUCAACGCCAUCGCCGCGGUGACGGGCCAGGGCCAGAACCCCAACGCCACCCCGGCGCAGUGGGGCUCCAGCCAGUACGCCUACAGCGGGGGCGGCAGCACCGGUGGGGGCGGGGGGGGCAGCAGCAGCGCCUACCACAUCUUCGCCACCCCGGCCCAGCAGCCAAUCACGACGCCCCUGAUGACCCCCAGCUACUCGUACGCCACGCCCAGCCAGCUGCAGAGUGCCGGCACGCCGCAGUACCCCAGCAGCACGCCCCAGUCGUCCCACGGAGGGCGGCCGUCCUGCUCCACGCCCUCCUCCUCCACCUCCUCCUCCCGCCACCGGACGCCCCAGUCGCAGUCAAAGUCUACCUCCCACACAGCGGUGGACUGGGGCAAGAUGGCGGAGCAGUGGCUGCAGGAGAAGGAGGCGGAGCGCAAGAAGGCGCGUCCGAGCAGCCGGAUGACCCCGCGGCCCUCGCCCAGCCCCAUGAUCGAGAGCACGCCCAUGUCCGUCACGGGAGACGCCACGCCCCUUCUGGACGAGACCGAUCGGUAGACCCGCCCCCUUUCUUUGGUUCGGUUUGGUUUCCCACCACCGACGGUCAUCACAAGGCCAAACACACUUUUUUUUUUCACGAAACACGGCGACGUGAGGUGUACGUCUGGCGUAGUCGAUGGCCACGCCCACCGAGUCGAGUGCAGCUAAUGGAGAAGAACGAGGUUUGAUUGUAGUCGACGCACGGAAAUGUGCGUACACAUAAAACACUGUUAUGUCUGUACUGCGAGACAUAAAACAAAAACAAUCUUGAAUAAUUGUUGGCACUAAUAAUAGUUGGCACUACAGUGUAAAGAGGGACUCUUUACACUUCAGUCACCCUAAUGCAUGCAAUAAAACACAUGUUAACAAAUUAACUAGUGGUGUCAAGCGAUUAAAAUAUUUAAUCACAUUAAUGACAUAGUUAACUCACGAUUGCACAUUUUUUUCUAUUCUAAAUAUCCCUUGAUUUCUUUAUCCCAUUACUUGUUCUCAUUUUAAUGCUCUUAUCAACAUGGAGAAGUGCAUCGGUAGCCUUGUGCAAAUGUUUUUUUAUUGACAACAACAUUGGCAUAUACCGAUCAAAACAGGACGAUACAAAAAAAAAGCCUAUAGUGCAAUUAAACGAUGAACAUACAAACAUACUGCCUUGAACAUAGCAGUCAGGCUACUGCUUCUUUGUUUUGAGGCAAAGAAAAAAAACAAAAACAUUUGCGUUAAUCGCAAAUGUGUUUAUGUUUAUCAUGAGUUUAGUGUGAACCUUAUACAUGUCGAGCUUCUUUGGACAAAAGCUGAAGGCCAAACUGUUUUUCUGUGUGCGGCAAUAAAAGGGGUGUGUAUGUGUGUGCGUGAGUGUGUGUGUGUGUGGGUGUGUGGGUGCGCGUGUAUGUGUACACAGAAGGCACUGUAGAGUCAUAAGUACUUCUUUGCCAUGCUUACAUAACUAAAACAAGCAAGUUUACGUCACGUCCUACGACUUAAUGUAGGCUGUUAUUAAAACCAGUGUUAUUUCCCAUUUCUCAAGCAACAAACCAAUGUAAGCUAAAGGUGUUCCAACCACAGUAUCCAUGUUUCCCUCUCAGUAUACAUCUGUCAAGUAAUUAAAGCAAUGUCUUGUUGAAAAGGAA